CCUUAAAAAUCAAACAGCCCCUGUAAAAAUAAAACACGCUCGACCUUCCUCUAGCUCUCCACUCUAAUGGCGCUCCUCUCGCUGCGUCUCUCUUCACUUGCCUCUUCUAUCUCACCUCAGGAACCAUUCCUCGUCUCUUUCUCCAGCCCAAGACAAGUCCAUCACCGGCGUAAUCGGAAACUCUAUCUUAGCCAAGCUUCCCCUGUCUUCAGAGCCUCAUGGGAAGAGCUCGCGGGGGUUUUGAUAUUCUCGGCAAUUCCUUUCACGGCCGUGAAAGCCGUCGCGAAUAGUUCGGUUGGGGAGGUGCUUCGUCGGAGGCUUGACGAUAUGAAGAAGGACGCUGUGGAGAGGUCUUCCAGGUUCAAGGCACUGACUCGAAAAGCUAAAGAAGCAAGUCCAUGGUAUGGAAGAGGUCGCCCUAAAUGGCUUGGUCCCAUCCGUUUUGAGUACCCUCAAUAUCUUACUGGCGAGUACCCUGGUGAUUACGGAUUCGAUGUGGCAGGUUUGGGCAAGGACCCUGUGGUUUUCCAAAAGUAUUUUAAUUUUGAAAUACUUCAUGCACGUUGGGCCAUGCUCGCAUCUCUUGGAGUUGUUGUUCCUGAACUAUUAGACCUUCUUGGCAUUGUGCAUUUUGUUGAGCCAGUGUGGUGGAGAGUGGGGUAUGCUAAACUUCAGGGUGACACUCUUGAUUAUCUCGGCAUUCCUGGAUUUCAUAUUGCUGGUAGUCAAGGAGUAAUCGUCAUAGCUAUCUGCCAGGCUCUUUUAAUGGUUGGGCCAGAGUAUGCCAGAUACUGUGGAAUAGAAGCAUUGGAACCGCUUGGCAUCUAUCUUCCAGGAGACAUAAACUAUCCUGGAGGGUCCCUCUUUGAUCCCCUUGGCCUUUCUAAAGAUCCAGCCUCUUUUGAAGACCUCAAGGUCAAGGAGAUAAAAAAUGGCCGCCUGGCAAUGGUUGCUUGGUUAGGUUUCUAUCUUCAAGCUGCUCUCACUGGAAAGGGCCCUCUCCAGAAUUACCUCGACUUCAUAUCAGACCCUCUGCACAACAAUGUUAUCUCUCUACUUAAAUCAUUGUAAGCUUAAUAACUC